CGCAAUACUAGCAAAACACCGCAUAGUCUAGGCUUCGUAGGAAAGCGUAGACUGAUAUUCCUUCUCGAUACGUGCUCCUUUCUCCUAUGUUUACCUCGAAUUCAAAACAGUUUGUUUCGGCGGCUUACUCAGCGGCAUUCAACUUGUAGCCGCACCGGCUGACAGGAGAAAGUUUUCUGGUCCACAGCACAGGGUCACCUUCAGGCUCACCCUGGAUUUCUAAGAAAGUUCCACUCGAGAUGGCGCAACAAUUGAUCCAUAUACCAUUUGCAAGCCGCAUGAGACCCCACAGCCUUAUCUGUCCGUGACUCGGGUGCGGUGCACAAUGAGACCGAUUGCUUGAAUGAAGGCAAUGCGUAGGUUGGAAUCUCAUUCAAAACCCGCAAGACUUUCAAGAUGAAGGCUGUUAUGCUUGCGGAUGACGCCUGCAGUGUUAUCUUGCUAUUUUCGGCUAACGAGAUAUCCGCGCACCCACCCAUGAAAAAAGAGUAAGUAUUUAAUAUACUUCUAGGGCUAUUCCCGAUUCAUUUCCUCUCGAGGAACACAAACCCGGCCUUGAUUCUUCUAGAGAUGAGUGAAAGAGAGGAUCUGAAGGACAGUAUUACUCCUGCCCAGGACUUCGGUCAGAAAGUUCUAGACACACAGGGUGUGACUGUCGAACCUAUGUUGAAUUCAGAGAAAGUCUCAGUGUCCAAUGAUUGGAAGCUGGCUGAUGUUGUGAGGACAAAACAUCAGAACAGUUUAGACAGUUUCCCAAAAGAGCGGAAGCUGGGUGUGACCUGGUCUAAUCUAACGGUCAAAGUCACCAGCACCGACGCGAGCAUUCACGAGAACGGCUUGUCACAGUUCAACAUUCCCCGAAUCCUAAAGGAAUCUCGACAAAAGCCGCCACUGAGAACGAUUCUUCAUGGUUCUCAUGGCUGCGUCAAGCCUGGGGAAAUGCUCCUGGUCCUUGGUCGACCUGGAUCAGGCUGUACAACAUUACUGAAAUCACUAGCGAACAGAAGAGGAGGUUAUGACACUGUUGAAGGUGAAGUGUGGUAUGGUUCCAUGCCUCACAACGAGGCCAAAGGCUAUAGGGGUCAGAUCGUGAUGAACACGGAGGAAGAAUUGUUCUUUCCCACCUUGACCGUGGGACAAACAAUGGACUUUGCCACUCGAUUGAAAGUUCCAUUCCACCUCCCCAAAGGAGCACAAUCACGUGCAGAACAUCAAAGAGCGACACGAGACUUCCUUCUUGAGUCGAUGAAUAUCUCCCACACCAGCGACACCAAGGUUGGUAAUGAGUACGUCAGGGGAGUGUCAGGUGGGGAGAGGAAACGAGUAUCCAUCAUCGAGACCUUGGCCACCAAUGCUUCUGUCUUUUGCUGGGACAACAGUACGCGAGGCCUGGAUGCCAGCACAGCACUGGAGUACACCAAGGCCAUCCGUUCGAUGACAGACAUACUGGGCCUCUCCUCGAUCGUGACCCUGUACCGUAGGUUUUCAAUGUGUUUGAUCCCAGGCAACGCACGGUGUCCUGACUUUUGACAGAGGCUGGUAAUGGUAUCUUCGACUUGUUCGACAAAGUACUGGUCCUCGAUGGUGGCAAGGAAAUCUUUUAUGGCACCAGAGAAGAAGCACGACCGUUCAUGGAAGACCUUGGCUUCUGGUGUCCUCCCGGUGCAAAUGUAGCCGACUUUCUUACUGGUGUCACGGUUCCAACAGAGCGACAGAUUCGACAGGGCUACGAAGACAGCUUUCCAAGGAACGCCGACGAGCUGUUGCAACGGUACGAGAAAUCCCACAUUUACGAACGAAUGACAGCAGAAUAUGAAUUUCCAAGCACGCCCGAAGCGGAGACGAAUACCAAGGCUUUCCAAGAGUCUGUCCGUUUUGAGAAGGACAAGCGCCUAGCACAUUCAAGCCCCCUGACAGCUGGGAUCUUGGCUCAGAUACAAGCAUGCGUGUUGCGCCAAUAUCAGGUUAUAUGGGGUGACAAAGCGACAUUUCUCAUCAAACAGGUUUCCAACAUCGUACAGGCCUUGAUAGCAGGAUCACUGUUCUACAAUGCACCAGACAAUUCGGCAGGUCUGUUUAUCAAGGGCGGUGCGCUGUUCUUUUCCAUUCUUUACCCAACUUUGGUUGCCAUGUCCGAAGUCACCGACUCAUUUGUCGGUCGACCUGUGCUGGCGAAACACAAAUCCUUUGCCUUUUUUCAUCCAGCUGCGUUCUGUAUCGCUCAGAUCACCGCCGACAUACCUCAGCUACUGGUCCAGGUCAGUGCAUUCUCGGUGAUAAUCUACUGGAUGGUGGGAUUGGCUGCCUCGGCUGGCCAGUUCUUUACUUUUUGGGUCAUCGUCUUUGCCACUGCUAUGUGCAUAACUGCAUGCUUCCGCGCUAUUGGUGCUGCAUUUUCUACGUUUGAUGCUGCGUCGAAAGCAUCUGGUUUUGUCAUCAUGGUCACCGUCAUGUACGCGGGAUACCUGAUCGCAAAACCUGAAAUGCACCCUUGGUUUGAGUGGAUCUUCUGGAUUAAUCCUUUGAGUUACGCAUUUGAAGCCAUCAUGGGGAACGAAUUGCACAAUCGUCUGCUUCCUUGCGUAGGCACGAAUCUUGUUCCGAAUGGACCCAACUAUACCGAUCCGCAAUUCCAAUCAUGCACAGGAGUUGGCGGCGCAAUAAGCGGAGCGGUAUCUGUGACAGGCGAUGCUUACUUGGGGUCGCUAUCUUAUAGUCACUCCCACAUCUGGAGAAACUUUGGUAUCAUUUGGACUUGGUGGCUGUUGUUCGUCGCAAUCACCAUCAUAUUCACGUCAAGAUGGAAGUCGGAUUCUGACAAAGGAAGUAAAGCCCUCAUACCCCGCGAGAAUGCUCAUAAGUUGCGCCACAUGUUAGGAGAUGUCGAGUCGCAGGUGCAAGAAAAGCAGGUCGUCAGCUCUGACUCGUCACUGAACGAAGCCGGUACCCCUGCCGAGAACAGCAGCGACACACUUGUCCAGAAUAGCUCCAUCUUUACGUGGAAGAACCUGAGCUACACUGUCAAGACCUCAAAUGGCGACCUAAAACUUCUUGACAAUGUUCAGGGUUGGGUAAAACCUGGGAUGCUAGGUGCCCUGAUGGGAAGUUCUGGUGCUGGAAAGACGACACUUCUUGAUGUUUUGGCCCAACGUAAGACCGAUGGUACAAUCCACGGCUCUAUUCUUGUCGAUGGUCGGCCGUUGCCUGUUUCCUUCCAACGAUCAGCGGGCUACUGCGAACAGCUCGACGUGCAUGAGCCGUAUGCAACAGUUCGGGAAGCGUUGGAGUUCUCGGCUCUUUUAAGACAACCACGUCAUGUUCCGAGAGAGGAAAAACUCACGUAUGUCGACACGAUUAUCAAUUUACUCGAACUAGGGGACAUCGAGGACACACUCAUCGGGUUUCCUGGCGCUGGACUCUCAAUUGAACAGAGAAAGAGAGUCACGAUCGGGGUGGAACUCGUGGCCAAACCGAGCAUUCUGAUCUUCUUGGAUGAACCGACGUCAGGCCUCGAUGGACAGUCGGCAUACAACACCGUCCGAUUUCUCCGCAAGCUCGCCGACGUGGGUCAAGCCGUACUGGUGACAAUCCACCAACCGUCGGCUCAACUCUUUGCGCAGUUUGACACUUUGCUCCUGCUCGCCAGAGGUGGCAAGACGGUGUACUUUGGAGAUAUCGGUGACCAUGCUAUCGUCGUGAAGGACUACUUUGCCCGAUACGGUGCCCCGUGUCCCACCGAGGCCAACCCAGCAGAGCACAUGAUCGAUGUCGUCUCGGGACACCUGUCUCAAGGACGAGACUGGGCCCAAGUAUGGCUGGACUCGGAGGAACACAAGAAUGUCACCAGAGAGCUAGAUGACGUUAUCGCCGACGCCGCCUCCAAACCACCGGGGACUCACGACGACGGGUUCGAGUUUGCGAUACCCCUGUGGUCGCAGAUCAAGAUCGUCACGCACAGAAUGAAUGUCUCUCUAUUCCGUAACACCGAUUACACGAACAACAAGUUCGCUCUGCACAUCUCGAACGCACUAUUUAAUGGCUUCACCUUCUGGAUGGUCGGCGAUGGCGUAGGCGAUCUUCAACUGAAACUCUUCACCAUUUUCAACUUCAUCUUUGUCGCUCCCGGUACCAUCGCCCAACUCCAGCCUCUCUUCAUCGACCGCCGCGACCUCUUCGAGACCAGGGAGAAGAAGUCCAAGAUGUACAGCUGGAUCGCCUUUGUCACGGGCCUUGUGGUCUCCGAAUUUCCCUACCUCAUCAUUUGCGCCGUCCUCUAUUUCGUGUGCUGGUACUACACCGUCGGAUUCCCCAACAACAGCAACAGCGCCGGCGGGACUUUCUUCGUCAUGCUCUUCUACGAGUUUCUCUAUACCGGCAUAGGGCAGUUCAUCGCCGCGUACGCUCCCAACGCGGUGUUUGCCGCCCUCGUCGACCCGUUGGUCGUCGGCGUGCUCGUUUCCUUUUGCGGCACCUUGGUCCCCUACAAACAGAUCCAGGCCUUCUGGCGCUACUGGAUGUACUGGAUGGAUCCUUUCAACUAUCUUAUGGGGAGUAUGCUGUCGUUCGUCCUCUGGGACGAAGACAUCACCUGCAAGGAGCGCGAGUUCGCCAGGUUCGACACCCCCAACAACGUCACUUGCCGCGAGUACCUGGCCGAAUAUCUGCAGACGACCCAGGGUCAGCUCGCCAACCUCGUCAACCCGGAGGACACCAGCGGGUGUCGGGUGUGCGAGUACAAUACGGGCGCCGACUAUCUGUAUACACUUAACCUGAAGCACGAGUACGUCGCGUGGCGAGACGCGGCGAUCGUGGUCAUUUUUGUCCUCAGCUCGUACGCCUUGGUGUAUGCCUUGAUGAAAUUGAGGACGAAACAGAGUAAGAAAGCUCAAGGGUGAUUCGAGGAGAAGAGAGUUGAGAAGAGAGGAGUAUGCUGUACUCUCUAGUAGAAUUUUCAUUCCCUGGGUGGGUGAUGAGUUCAUUUAUUGGUGGGCUAGAGGGACUUUGUUUUGGUAUAGAUUAUAGACUUGGACAUUAGACUUCAUUUGUGGGAUGAUACAGCCAGUAUAUACUGCACAUAUGUACCAAAGUAGGUAGGGAGAAGUUCAGUAUAGGAAGGGGAAAAAACAGCACUCCUCUCUCAACCCUUGAGGAUCAUUAACCCUAGACAUUUAUU